UGAAAAUUGUUUCACCCGUUGUGAAUGGGAGAUAUUUUUGUUUUUCCACCUAGAUCUUUUAGAACCACUAAAUCUAUUAAAGUCAAGAAGAAAUUCGAGAAAGCAAAAUCACGGAUAAAUUUUGCUGCUCGCGUUUUCCAUAAACUAAUUAUCGUCUAUUUUUAUUGUAUUAUGGCGUCUGAGGCGGAUGUAGAUUAAUUAAAAAUCUGUUUUAAGUUCCAAAUACGGUAUCAAUAACAUCCUUAGAAAAAGAAAUAAUUGGAAUUGCAAUAAUCUAGCUUCAUCUGUGGGUGAUUAAUAUAGUAAGAGAUUUAACACCCGGCUUAACCAGUCUAUGAAAACCCCCGCACUGCGAAUUACGUUAAUUCAAUUAAGGAAAUAAUAUAUAUUUUUUCGGACGUCUACGCGUUAGUCUGAAUUUUUUUUUUAACUUAACAGGUUGAGAACCACGUUUUUUUUUCGAACACUGCUUUGGCAGUCUUCCCUUUAAUUUUUAUUAGAUCUAGCGGAAAAGAAGACGAAUUUCUCUUAACCACAAAACAUGUAAUAAAUCCACAUUAUUGUGAACAAAUGGCCUGAAAGGCAGAAACCCAAAGAUCGAUGCUUGCUCUUCGUCGUUUGCAUAAACGUGGUUCAUAUUUCUUUAUUUAUAAGGACUCAAGCUUUGUUAUUUGAGCUUUACUGUUGAUCCCUCUUUUAUUCACUGCAGGAGUUCAACCCCUGGAUGAGUUGAAGUAUGAGGGCAUUUGUAGUUUUACUUUUGGCUGGAUAUGUCAUACUCUGUCACGCAGGUUCAAUUAAGAGAAAUAAAAGAGGAUAUCUGUCCCGUACCGGUUUGUGCGCAAAACCGGAGAAUAACUUCAAGAUAAAGGAUCCUCGCUUGAAUUUUUGGGGGGUCGCUUAUGUGCUGCCAGAUGACGCCAAUCCAAAAUGUACCGAUUCCGAGUGUUCAGAAGACAGUCAUUGUGAUGCAGACCGCAAGUGCUGUAGGAACUAUUGCGGUGGCAUGGUCUGCACCCCCACAAUGAGAGAUCCUGACCCAUGCAAGAAAUUCCAGUGUCCAGUUGGCCAAACGUGCAAGGUUCAGUAUGUUCCAUGUGUAAUGCCCAAAUGUAAGGAUGCCAUUGCUGUCAAUAGACCAACAUGUAUCAAGGAUCCGUCGGCACCUCCACCUGCCCCUCCCUCGAUGCCAGCGAAUCCUGUGCAGCCAAGUUAUGCACCUCCCAUGUUCCAGCAACCAUCGCCAUACCAACAGCAACCACAGGCACCUUUCUAUCCACAGCCAAUGGCACCGUUUCCACCUGCCGUGCCACCAAUGGCUGCAUUUCAAAAUGACGAGCUCGGCAGUGAAGCCGCCCCACAGACAAAUUUUGGCGGAACUCAACCAAGCGCGGAAACAGGAUUGAAUGACGCCUCUCUUGUAAAUGCUUUUCAAAACGAGAAUCAGCCUCUGGCUUUUCAAAAUGAUAACCCUCCUCCCACCGAUCAGAAUGACUUUCUACAACCUCCUCCGACAGAAGAACAGCAGCAACCUUUAGCUGAUGUACCCGAGAGCGUGAAUCCUCCCCAGGCUACUCCCAUGAUUGCACCACAACCCGGCUGGGGCCGAAGCAAGACUCUUCAAUAAAUAAGUUGCUUUGGAAAAUCUGAUGUGAGAACAUCUGACUAAUUAUUUUCCCUUAGUUGUAAAUGAAAGCUCGCGCUGUUAUCAGAUAUAACGGUUCUCAGAAGCGAAGUGUUUUGUACCGCCAGAAAUCAGGUUUGAACUCAUUAACAAAAUAGGCACACAUAACCAUUUUUUCUACCUCCCACAAAGAAUAAAUAAAAUAACGAAUGGCUCAUCAUAUGAGGGAAAGCCUGAAGAUAACUAAGCAAAGAGGACUCUCCUCGCCGGCGACUAAUGCAUAUUAUGACGAAUCUUCCUGUCAUUGACGAUUCCUCAUGUACAUACCCCUCUGGCUAAUUGGUUAGAAUAGGAGUAUAGUGUAGCAAAGUAGUUGUGGCCAAGACAAUGUAAUGGUAACUGCAGAAAAAGGAAUAAACAAGAAUCAUUUGCAACC